CUGAAGCUCUUAGGGUUAAAAAUCUGUAGGUGCCGCCGGCCGCUGUGAUUCUCUCAGUCACCAUCGUCUCCCUCUCCCAUUCUCUCAAAUCGUUUCCCUCUCUCAGUAGACAAAAGCUUAGAUAAAUUCUUCAACUCUCAUUUCAGGUUUUCAAUUACUAUCAAAAGGUUAAAUUUAUAUACUGAAUCUUUGUAGUUUCAAAUUAAAUAAUUAUAAUUUUGUUAAAUUUGGAACAAUCGAAUCGAGGUGUUAACGGCGGCCAACUCUUUCUAAACCAUUCAUCAACCUUAAACCCUAGAGGAGAACGACGACAGCCAUGAAAUGGAUUCUUUUGAGAAACCUUCCUCUCAGAGCUCGGAAUCAUCUUCUUCUUCGUUCUCCCAUUUACACAUCCAAUGCCCAUCCUUCAUUCUUCCUCUCACCCCCGGCCAUCUCUCGCUUCAGGCUCUUCUCUUCUGAUAACGAUUCCCCGUCAAAGGAAGAUUCCCCGCCAAAGGAAGAUUCUCAAACAGUUCCCCAAGCGAAUUUGGUGUCCACUCAGAAGAAAGAAGCUUGUUUGGACGUCCAAGAUGUAAGCAAUAAAGAAUUGAAAAUGCGGAUAAAGGAGUACUUCAAAGGUAACGAAGAAGCACUUCCAUCAAUUCUUGAAGCUAUUCUUCAGAGGAAAUUGGCUAGAAAGCAUGAGGAUACGGAUGAUGAACUUGUUGAAGAACUAAGAAUGAAACCGUUGGAAGAUGUCAAGGACAGAGAAUUUGAAUCUGAUUUUGAAGAACUGCAUGAUACGGAUGAAGAGAUUGACGACCUUUAUUAUGCUAAAAAUUUAGUUAUGGAAAGAAUGGCAAAGGAUCCAUACUUCAACAUGGAUGACAAAAAAUGGGAGGAUAUUGUUCAGGAUGCCGUAAAUCAUGGGAUCCUGAGUGACACCAAGGCGUGUGAAGCGAUCUUGGAGGAUAUGCUCAGUUGGGACAAGCUUCUUCCAGAUGAUUUAAAGAAAAAAGUAGAAGCAAGGUUCAAUGAGCUGGGGGAUUUGUGUGAAAAGGGGGAGCUUGAACCUGAGGAAGCUUACAAUCAGUUUAAAAAAUUUGAAGAUGAGGUGGUCAUGGAAUAUGGAAAGAUGAUGGAGGCAGAAGCUCCAACGUUCGAUGAAACUGAUGUGCAAGACAAUAAAAAGGACUUGGAUGACCCACCAGGUGAAGGGCCAAUUCUUAGAUGGCAAACAAGGGUUGUGUUUGCACCAGGUGGGGAUGCAUGGCAUCCCAGAAACCGAAAAGUGAAACUAUCUGUUACUGUGAAGGAGCUUGGUUUAUCAAAGUUCCAGUUUCGUCGACUGAGGGAGUUGGUUGGUAAGCGCUACCAUCCUGGGAAAGAUGAGCUUACGAUUACUAGUGAGAGGUUCGAACAUAGAGAGGAAAAUAGGAAGGAUUGCCUUAGGACUCUUCUCUCUCUCAUUGAGGAAGCUGGAAAAGCCAACCAACUUGUAGAGGAUGCUCGAACUUUGUAUGUGAAGGAGAGGUUGCGAGCAAAUCCCCAGUUUAUGGAGAGGCUGCGCGCCAAGAAAAUGAGCUCGCAAGUAUCAAGCCCUCAACCUGCUUGAUUCUUUGAUUUUUGAUGCUGUUGAAAAACAACCAAGUUGUACUCGGUCUAAUGAUUGGUAAUGUUUACAAUAUUUUCUUACCAAGUUAGUUGCCUCUUUUUGAGGCAAUGAAUGAGAAAAAGGAACGCGUAAGUUAAAGAUAGUGAAAUUUGUAGAAAACCAUAAGGUCAUAUUGUCACCAAAAUUUCCCCCUCUGAAUUGACUUGUUACUUCCUCUUGUGUGUAGUUGGAUUUCCUUUGUUUUCUUUUUUUUGGUAAAGCUUUAUUUUGGGAUAGACAUCUUGUGUUAAAAUUUGUUUAGCUUUACAAGGUGGCAAAGGGGGGGAGGUGUGUAGCUCUAAUAGUUGACUUUUGUAAGUCGUUAAAUGAAAGCUAUUUAUAAAUCCCAUAAUUGA